AUGAUGUUGUCUCGUCGUGCAUGCUACAAGUGUGGUACCAUUGGCCACUACGCUGAGGUCUGCUCUUCCACCGAGCGUCUCUGCUACAACUGCAAGCAGCCCGGCCACGAGUCGAGCGCCUGCCCUCUUCCCCGUACCACCGACACCAAGCAGUGCUACAACUGCCAGGGACUUGGUCAUGUCCAGGCUGACUGCCCUACCCUGCGCCUGAACGGCGGCUCCAACGGCCGCUGCUACAACUGCAGCCAGCCCGGUCACCUUGCCCGCAACUGCACCAACCCCGCCGCCCCCGGCGCUGGCACUGGAGCCCCUACUGGUCCCGCCGCAGGCCGCGGAGGCCGUGGCGGCUUCCAGGGUGGCUUCCGUGGUGGUUUCCAGGGCUACCCCCGCGCCGCCACCUGCUACAAGUGCGGUGGUCCCAACCACUUUGCCCGUGACUGUCAGGCUCAAGCCAUGAAGUGCUAUGCUUGCGGCAAGCUCGGUCACAUCUCCCGUGACUGCACCGCGCCCAACGGUGGUCCUCUGAGCUCCGCCGGCAAGGUCUGCUACAAGUGCGCCCAGGCCGGCCACAUCUCCCGCGAGUGCCCCACCAACGAGGGCGCUCCUGCUUCCGCUCCUACUGCUCCUGCUGCUGAGACUGAGGCUGCACUCCCUGCUCCUGUCGCUGCUCCGGAGACUACCGAGCCGGUGCCUGCUGUUGCUCCUGCUGCUGCCCCUACUACUGCUGUCGCAUAA